UCUCCUGCAUGAACCUGGAAUUCUCACUGCUUUGGGCAGGUGAGCAGUUGGCUUUUUGUCCAGUCUCUCCCCUUGUUGGGAGGCUGAGGCCCAGAACACAGUGCCCUCCCUCUCUUUGCCUGGCUGCAGAGGUUCCUCCUUCAGAAAAGGGUCCCAGUGUGCUGUGGGAGGCAGGGUGAGGCGGCUGUCCGGCCUCAGGCGGGGAAGGAGAAGCACGUGGAAGGAAGGGCAGCAGGAAGCCUGAGCCUGACUGCCAUGAAUGGCCAGCCCCACUCUUGGGCCUCAGUUUCCUCAUCUGUCUGGACUAGGUGACUUGUCUGUGUGGGCAGUGGAUGGGAACUCUUCCUCUUGGCUUCAUGGCACUCACUUCUGGCCCACAAAAACUGAGAGGCCUUGCCCGCUCUACUCUCCAUGCCCCUCAACACAUGCCUUGAACAGGCUGCUCCAGGCCUGGCAGAACACCCUCCCUUUCCAGGCCUGCAGAGGACGGCCCUGCCACUGCCCUUUUCCUCCCCACAGGCCAGGCCACCACCAAGCCAGAUCUUCUGGUGCCAGUGGAGAAAGGAGAGAGGCAGGCAGCUGCAGCCUGCCCAGUGUGGAGAGGGGCCAGAGCCCGGGCACUGGCUUCACUCUCCUUGGGUGAAGGGACUGAGUCUUGCUGUGAUAUCCCUCUCCUCCAGCACCUUACACGGUACCUGGCAUACACAGGCCAGCUGGAAACGCCCCCAGGAGUUCCGUCCUGGAUCAAGCAAGAGGAAUGGGCAAGUGGGAGGAGCCAGCAGGGCCCACAGGAGACCACUGUGGCACACCUGUGCUCAGAGACCUGUCUGGGCCGCAAAGAGAAGAGGAGUCUGGAGGGAGGGUCUGAGGGCCACUAGCCAGUCUGGGCCGCUGGAGGGGGGCCUGGCAAGGAGGGCUCUUGGGGAAGCACCUGUGGGGGUCUGCUUCCUGACCCCAGGGAGCGAGAGGUGGCCUCCCUCCCUCCAGGCCCCCCGAGCCAGGCUGAGCCAGCUGUUAGGGGCACAGAGCAGUGCCCACCUUGCGCCCAGUGUGGCCAGAGCCUCGGCCGGAAGGAGCUCAGUGCGCCGCACCAGUGCGCAUAUCAUGGCCCCUGGCUUUUCGCUGGUGCUCAGUGUCCCAGGAGCGUCGCGCAGCGGGCCACCCCCGCCAGCCACCAUCGGGCACACGUGGCCGAGCGCACCUACACCUGCGCCCAAUGCGGCAAGACCGUCGUCCACCGGUCGACGCUCACACCCACUACUGCGCGCACAUCGGGGAGAAGCCCUACGAGUGCGCCAAGUGCUUCGGCCGCCUGUCCACGCUGCUGGAGCACCGGCACGCACACAGGUGAGCGGCCCUUCCAGUGCGCGCAAUGUGGCUGCUGCUUCAGCCGCCUGUCCACGCUGCUGGAGCACCGGCACACACACAUCAGCGAGAAGCCCUUCCAGUGUGCGCAGUGCGACGAGCGUUUCACGCGUCUGGCCAACCUGACCGUGCACCAGAGGGUGCACUCGGUCGAGUGCGCCUUCCAGUGCGCCCAGUGCGGCGGGAGAUUCACACAGAAGCCCGGCUUCCUGCGUCAUCUGUAUGGCCACUCGCAGGAGAAGCACUAUCCUUGCAGCCCUUGUGGCGAGAGCUUCACCCGUCCCUCCUGGCUCGUGCGUCACCAGGACAGCCAUGCUGGCCAGCCCUCUCCAUCUUGCCCGGUUUUUGAGAGGGACUCCCUGACCGAUGAGCUGCCCACGGGCCUCAAGGGUGCAGUGUGGGGGAGCCUCCCUAGUGAUCCUUCUGCCUCACUCUGAUUUGAGGACACCGGUACAGAGCUGGGCCUCAGGAGGUGCCCUGGGGACAGGCAGCGGAGCAGUGGUGAUCAGGAAGGUCUUGGGUGGGGGUCCCUUGCCCAGUUCUCUUUCUCGUGUGAAGAUGGAGAAUGUGGGUAGCACCCAGAGAGCUCCCUAAAGGGGCUCUGAGGGCGCAGGGGCAGUUGGUGCCCCUUAAAUCCAGGCAGCGUCUCCUGGGGGGCACUUCUUGGCCAGGUCAAAGUAUUCUGGCCAUGGUCUUGGCUUCCCGGGGGAGGGCUGUUCUCCCAGGCACUGCGAUUGCCCACGGGGCUUCUCGUUGCAGGGAGGCGGCUGGGAUAGAGGCCAGUCCCAAACACCUGAGCCUGACUGAGGGGAAGGCCUGGGCUUGGAGGUGGGGUGCGCAGGAGUGGUGGGCUUUGCCUUGUUCUCUUAGGGGAGUGAUUUUCAGAGACAAAGGUCCCAGUUAGGAGAUGUAAUUACUCAGUGCUUUGAAGGGACAUCCAAGGUGCUCACCCUUAGCCAUAGCCGUUGGUUUCCUGGAUGCUGACUGUGAAGAUUAGUCUAAAGUGCUUCCUAGGGUGAGCAGUGGUGGCAGGAGGCCUUGGACGGAGUCCAGGCCCGACCCAGCCUCCUGUUUAAUAAGCUGAGCCCAAGCGUCCCUCAGAUGCGAAUCCAAUAGCCUUGGUGAGUUGUAAGAUUUCAUGGAAACUUUCUCUGACUUCUGCCUCCCCCUUGCUUCCCAUUACCUGGGAAAGGCAGCUUUGUGGGCCAUGUGUCCCAGAAGGGCCUGGGCUGGCUGUGGCCAAGUGCUCAGGACCAGCCAUCUUGGCCCUCACAGGGCACUGUCCAGUUGGUGUAAUAUUUGCCUUCAAGCCAUUGUUGGAGCAGGCAGGCAAAGGGGGCUUUCUGAGGAUCCAACCUGUGCCAGCCACUGGGAUACAAAGAAGACUGAGGCCUGGUUCCUAGCUGUGGGGCUGGGAGGGGUAUCUGACAUCAAUGGUGAAACCUGGCAGAGGACACGCAGACAACGGCAGGCAACAUGGGCUGCAGUAAAUGUUGCGGAAGCACCUACAGGUUGAGCAGAAGGGAGAUAGGAAACCUGGACGUGGCCUGCCAGCAGCUGAGAAGCCCCCUUGAGAUCCUGGCGGCCCCGCCACCAUCUGAAGAUUUAGGCCAAUCCCUUGGGCUUUCCAGGCAGGCACUUAUGGUGGCCGGCCAGUUUGGGACCCUCCCAUUUUGAUACAUUAGUUCCCCCUCAGCUACUGGAGAUCUCAGCCACAACUGGGCUCCAGCUGCGACCCAGACUCGGCCAGGAUCCCCUAGAUCCUCAGCUGUCAGAUAAUCCCCUGUCCCCCUCCUCCUCCCCACUCAACCCCCAGUGCUUGACAUGAAUGCAUGUGUGCUUCCUAGGACUAGAGGCUGGCGCUGUCUUUACCAUUGCCCUCGCUUUAGGGGGCACACGAGCAGAUGGUAGUGAGCCCUGGAGAGCAGCACUCGGGCGAGUGAGGUGGCUCUGGCACUGCCGCUGGACUUUCACGUUUGUAGCUUGAGUUGGUUUUAAUUGGAAGCUCUGUGAUUUACAUAAUCACUUACAACCUCUGUAAAUAAGGAACUGUUUAUGAGGAAUUGUAAAUUUCCUCUCUCCCCCUUCUUACCCUGUCUGUGAUCUUGUUUGUGAUGCAGUAAUGAUAUUCCACUCUAGGUUCCCAUGAUCAGUGGUGAAAUGUAGUGAUUUUUACCUGUGCUUCUAUUCUGACGUUCUGAAAAGAAGUACUGGAUGGACUGAAGUCCGGGACAACGUCCCAAAGAAAAGCAGAGUCCAGGUGGGCUGGGAGGACCAAGCCCUGGAUGGGCACUGGAGGGCAGAGGCCUCAGAGUCCAGCACUGUGCCCUGCACAUGGAAAGCCCCUAUGUUUGUGGAAUGAAAGAAUAAUAAAAAUGUUUUCAUAAGUGAUGCCA